UUCAGUUCUCUCAACUCAGCCAACACAACAGCUCUACAAUGUUCCGUUACGCCGUACUGAUCGCUCUGGUCCUUCCAGCCCUGGCCCUCGCUGGAGACGUUGUCGAAACACGGGCUUGUUCCGACGAUCGUCCCGUCCCUCGGGAGGUCCGCGUCCAGAACUGCCCAUCAACCCCUUGUGAACUGGUUCGCGGGUCCGAUGCCAACAUGGAGAUGGACUUCACAGCACGAUUCGCCAUAGCAUUCAACGCGGCAACCCUCCAAACCCGGAUCGUGGCCACCGCGCUAGGAGUGACGGCUCCGUUCGAACUUCCCGCGGAUCGGGCUCGGGCCUGCGAUUGGCUGAUUGGUUCCCAGUGUCCAAUCUCCGAGCACGAGGACGUAACGUACAACCUGCAGAUGCCAGUGCUGCGAAUUUACCCGCGGGUUAGCCUGGUGCUGGAGGUCAGCCUGGUUGACGAGGAGGAACGAACGCACGCCUGCUUCGUGCUGGAUGCCCGCGUUGUGGGUGCUUAAAGGUCAUUGAU